CAGACGUGUUUGCACAUUGGAAACUGUCGUUAGAAACGCUGGGAGGAAGGGAGUGCCAUACAGGAACGGUGACAAGAGAGGCUUUUUUUCUUCUUUUAAAGGUUGUGCAACAUAAUCCAUCACAGCAGUGCGUUUGGUGCAAGUUCACACACCAAAGUUGCGCGUUGUGGAGCUCAGAGCUGGAAUAAGAGGCUUUAGGAGACUCGUGGUCAGAUCAGCGUCAUCGCGUUUCUGCUGGAUCCUUAAAGCUGCAACAGAAAAGGAAACUUUUGGACACAUUUCUCCUGCGUCUCCUCCGUUUUCGUUUCUCUGCAACUUUCCCGCUGAUCUCUACCACUGCUAGAUCUAAGCCUUAAACGGUUUCUUACCAAAUAUAGCCACCGUUAAUACUGGAGCGUCCUUGAGGAGCGCAACGGUCCUGGAUUUGGAUAUUUGCGACGCUGCCAAAGUUUAUAAUUAAAUACUUGGAUCAUCUCGAUUCCGCGGCUGCUUUAUUGAACCGGCACAUUUGAUCGAAUUUUCCAAUUGGACAAUUAAAGCGCGUUGUUUUAGAAGCUCCCUUUUUUUUCUUCAGGCUGCAUGUUGAUUUGUGUUGCCUGUUGUCUGCUCACAACAGAAGCCAUUUUUAAGUCUUUGAUUUUCCAGCCCUGUGUAUGACUCACUGAACACGAGCUGCUCAACCUGCUCCUGGCUGCAGCUCCAACCUGUGCGCCACAUUUUUCCAUUGUUCUCAAGCCUCCUUGUGUUUUUACGCGUCUGGCGGUGGAUGCGCCAUGGCUCGGUUUUUGCUGACUCCCUACGUGCUGGCGGUGCUCGGCUUGGCGGCGGUGGGCUGGGCUGGAGGGGAGCAGGCCAAGGCGGAGAGCCCACCGGUGGUCACCCUGCGCACCGUGAUCACGGGAACCUGCCAGGAGAUCCAGCGGUACGCGGAGUCCGUGCUGGGGACCGGUGUGGUUCGGUCAGCUGCUGAGAGUGCAGUGUUGUUUCUUGAGUCAUUGCUUGGUCAGGAGAACGUCUAUACAAUGGCCAUGUUUUUAGAGACGGUGAUCCGAUUCCUGGCUGAAGGAGCUGCCAGUGGCCUGAAUGUCAUCGCUGUUUAUGUCACCGAGAUCCUCAGGGUCACAGGAUUCGAUGUUGCACUGACGUUGCCCCGCUUCACUCCAGAAGGCGUGACCGCCGUCGCCCAGUGGGGUCUGCUGACCCUCAUCGGUUACUGGGUGCUGACCAUCGUCCUCCGCCUGCUGAUCGGUGUGGUGAAGCAGGUGUUCUGGGUGGUGAAAACCGUCUUGUCGCUCUGGCUCUUCGGACUGAUCGUGACGGACAAGCACGCCACCGCAGACGUCACGGCAGUUCGGCUGGCCGGCCUGGUGCUGGGAUGUGUCAUGUUGACUCUUCUCACAUCCGGCUCUGAAAAGUCUUUUGUAAUAGAGGACCGACUGAGCAGCGUUGAGGGCCGACUGAAGGCGGUAGAGAAGAGGAAAGGGGGGGAAUAGUGAUGGGAAAGGGUGGAGAGGAGUUUAAAAUGGACAAAGGUGUAAGGCUAAGAAAACAGUAACAGUAAUGUUUUACAUAUUUGUGUCAAAGUUGGGAAAUAAAGUUAUCUCUGGGAUUUUUAA